AUGCAGGCCAUCGCCCAGGUCACGUCUUUCCGCUCGUCCGUGCGGGCCCCGGCUCCCCGCCAGGCUCGGCUCGUCGUCCGCGCCGAGGGCGAGGCCCCGGCGGAGAAGCCCGCGCCGAAGCCGCAAGUCGGCCCCCCGCGUGGCUCCUCGGUGAAGGUCCUGCGCCCGGAGUCGUACUGGUUCAACCAGGUCGGCAAGGUUGUCUCGGUGGACCAGAGCGGCAUCCGCUACCCGGUCGUGGUGCGUUUCGAGAACUGCAACUACGCGGGCGUGACGACGAACAACUACGGCCUGGACGAGGUCAAGGAGGUUUAA